CUGCCGGGGGAUAUCUGGGGGGUGGAUUGUGGCGUGCGGUUCCCGUCCCGGCGAGGAGUCCUCCCGGCCGGCCCGUAGGCUCCCGCAGGGCACCUGCAAGAUGACGGCGUCCCGCGCACCGCGCACCAGCCGUCCGCUUCACCCCCUGAGGCCCUCCUGCUCGCCGCGCUGCUCUCAGCAUCUCCGGGGCUUCCUAAUGCUCCUCCUGCUACACUCCUGGGUUGUGGAUGCCUGUGAUCCUCCGGCAUACAUCUCUAUGAAGCCAAAUGUUAGCAAAAUGAACUUUGACCCUGGUGACACGAUAUUCUUUACCUGUAAACUAGGAUACAAGCCUAUUAGGUCUCCCCUUCUCAUGUCUUCUGUUUGUCAGCCUGAUAAUACAUGGACUCCUCUCAAGGAGGGUUGUACAAAAAAAUCAUGUCAACAUCCAGGAGAACCCAGCAAUGGCCAGGUAGUCCUUGUAGAUGAAUCUCUGCUCUUUGGUUCAAAGAUUCAAUAUUCCUGUAAUGAGGGUUUUCGGCUAGUUGGAAAAAAAAGUCUAUACUGUGAAAUUUCUAGUAGUGACAGUAAUAAAGUGGUUUGGAGUGAUGAUCCCCCACUGUGUACAAAGAUACUGUGUCAGCCACCUGGAAAAAUAGCAAAUGGAAGAUAUACCGAUAGCCACAAGGAUGAAUUUGAAUAUAAUGAAGUGGUAACUUACAGCUGUGACAAUUCACAAGGAACAGAUGAAUAUUCACUUAUUGGAGAAAAUAAGCUUAUUUGUUCUGGCGAUGGUGAAUGGAGUAGUAACCCUCCUGAGUGUAAAGUGGUCAGAUGUCCAUUUCCAGAACCCGAAAAUGGCAAACUGGUGUUGGGAUUUAGCAGGAAAUACUACUACAAAGCAAGAAUUGAAUUUGAAUGCCUUUCAGGGUUUUACCAUAAGGGUCCCAAUUUUGCAGUCUGUGGCAGUAACAGUACUUGGGAGCCUGAGAUGCCGAUGUGUCUUAAAGUGCUGAUUCCUCCUACUACCAGUCCUCCGAUUUUGAGUCAUACAGUGUCGAGUCCUCCCAGUACAAACUCUCCAAUUCCGAGUGUCUCAGGAUCUCCCAAGCCCAGUGAUGAAACACCACCUAGUGACACUUCAGGCAAAGGAUACAUUGUUGUGAUUGUUCUCUCGGUCUUUGCUGGCCUUGUAGUCAUUGUCAUCAUCGUGUUCAUAGUGUAUCGACAAAAGAAGAAAGGCACAUACCAAACUGGUGAGAGCCACAGAGAAGUAAAGUUUAAUUCUCUCUGAGAAGAAGAGAUGAGAGAAAGGUUUGCUUUUAUCAUUAAAAGGAAAAGUGAUGUUAGAGUGGAGUACAGUGCAUGCCAGGAUAAAUCAGCUACGACAACAGAGUAGAUGCGCUAAAUGGUUUCUACACAUCAGUUUAUCUUUUGAGAUCCACAGUAAAUUCACACAGCUUCUAUGGAAAACAGUAUAAACCUUCCUCAAAAAAUUAAGAACAGAGAACUACCAGAUGAUCCAGCAGUUCUACUCAUGGGUAUAUAUGCAAAGGAAACAAAAUAACUGUGUAGCACUGUAUUACUGCAGCAGCAUUUACAAGAGCCCAGACAGGGAAACAACCCAAAAGAACCCAAGUGUCCACGGACAGAUGAAUUGUUAAAACGUGGUGUACAAAUGCGGUGGCAUACUAUUCAGCCAUUAAAAAGAAGGAAAUCUUGUUCUUGAGGACAAAAUAUAUGGACCCUCCAGGCAUUUUGCAAAGUGAAAGAAGUCAGAGACAAAUACUGUAUGAUCUCACUUAUUUGUAGAAACUAAAAAACAACCAACAACAACAAACUCCUGGAAACAGAAACCAGAUUGGUGGUUGCCAGUGCUGGGGGCAGAAUUGGAUGAAGGUCGUCAGAGGGGACAAACUUCCAGUUCUAAAAUUAGCAAGAACUGGGAUACGAUUAAUUAACGUGCGGCCUGGUGACUGUCAGUAGCAGUGCUGUAUGUAUAUAUUUUUUUAAAGAUUUUAUUUAUUUAUUCAUGAAAGAGACAAACAGAGAGAGCCAGAGACACAGACAGAGGUAGAAACAGGGUCCCCGUGGGCGGCCCAAUGCAGGACACAGCCCCAGGACCCCAGGAUCAUGACCUGAGCUAAAGGCAGGUGCUCAGCCACUGAGCCACUCAUUUUUGUGCCCCAGAUCUUAAAAGUUCUGAUCAGGAAGGCAAAAAUUUUUGUGACUAAAGUGAUAGCUGUCAACUAAGUUGAUUGUGGUGGUCAUUUCAGAAUAUAUACAUUAUCAAUUCAUGCUGUAUGCCUUAAACAUAGACAGUGUUACAUGUCAGUUACAUCAAUAAAACAGGAAGGGGAGAAAAGGAUUUAUAAUUAUUCUGUAGUUUUUUUCACUCCCAUGAAUGCAACCCUUAAGGCAUAACGCUAGCAUUUUAAUGUGGUUUGAAUGUAGUCACCAUCCUUUGAUGCUGCUUUGAACAGUGUAUGAAUUUGGGUAUGAACUUCUGGCCUCUUUUCCCUUAAAUAACACGUGCACUUACAGGACAACUCGGCACAGUAUGCCUGCUAGUAUAUAAGUGGGGAAAUAAUUCUUUUUUUAAGAAUUUUUUAUUUAUUUAAUCCUGAGAGACACAGAGACAGGGGAAACUACACUCUUGAGUGCACAGUGCUCGUCCCGUGGGGAAAUAAUUUUUAAAAUAACUCCAUUUGUAGAGAACUAUAUAGUUCAAGAUAAAUUACAUUUCAUUGUUUAAAAAAAAGGGAUUUUAAAAUCUUUUUUGUUCAAAGAUUAAUGCCAAGUCUUGAUUCAUUCUUUCAACAACUCUGUUUUAGAUAUUGUUUAGUGUCAAAUGCCUUUACAAAUAUGUGUAUGCUGCUUCUGCCCUUAAACACUAGAAAAAAGUGGGGCAGUUGAGUGUCUGCCUUCAGUUCAGGGUGGGAUCAAGUCCCACAUCGAAGCAGAGGGAGGAGUCCCACAUUGAGGGAGUCUGCUUCUCCCUCUGCCUAUGUCUCUGCCUCUCUCUUUGUGUCUCUCAUGCACAAAGAAAUAAAAUCUUUAAAAAAAAUUAGAAAAAAGAACACUGCGUAUUGGGAUUUUGAACAUUUGACUUCCUUAUUACUAAGAAUGUUAUUGGAAAAUGCUCGAGGAUAGAAUUGUAUAUAUAUUUUUAAGUGUAAUUUCUUCGUGAUUUAAGGAAGCUAAAAAAUGUAUGGCAUCGGUGCUUCGCUUUUUAGAACAUCAGUAAGCAGUCUGAGAAAUCAAUUAGGAAUUCAGAAUCCGUUGCGAACUCCUGUACGACAUCAGAGAGCCUUAAACAAUGUCAUGUGAAAGGGGUGAGUUUAGCAGGAAUAUAUCCAUCAGUUAACCUCAGGUUGUAUCAGAAUCUUACUUUUUAAGAGCAUCGCAGGCUAAAACCAGAGUAAAACUUCAGCCAUGUAUUUCAGAAAAGAAAACGGGGUUUCUGCCUUGGUCACACAAGGGGACAGAAAGAGCAAACAGCUGAAGUAGCAUUUGACGCUCGGGCCCAACAGAAGGGGGCCUGUGAGUCCUCACACCAGGCAGGGUCUCUCAAAGAAGCCCCAUGGGCAGAGGACGGACCCUGGAAUUCAGAUGAUGCUUUUCCCCUUGUUUUGUUUUGUUUUGUUUUGCACUUUUAUAUAUUUAGCAGCACAAAUUAGGCCAAAGAAAUGUUUCCUGGAGAAGGAUGUGAUUGGGAAUGGAGCGCGCACCAGAGUUAAGAAUUGUCCUACAGAUAAAGGCCCGUUCGUGAGGCGCUGCGAGUGUUCCCUCGGGGAUCUGGGCAGGGAUUUGGGGAAGAGAAGCUUGAAUGUAAAGAAAGAGGAAAUCUGAAUUAAGCACAGCGGUGAAGUUUUAUAAUCCCCAUGCCCAGACUUUUCAGGGACGUAGCACUUGCUUAGAAGCAAGGGAUGGCUGUACUGUUUAUUUUUGACAAGCCGAAAUGGAGCGUCUUUCAACCAAAGAUCAUUAUGCUUUUGAAAAUAAACGGACUUUUAUAGUCAUUUCUGCUUCA